AUGCAGUCCACGGAGUUGCUGCGCCACUCGUCAUCUGGGGUACUCCUGGACUGCGGCAUGCUGCCUUUGAAGAGGUUCAGGUUGAACGCAUCUCCGGCGACUGGUCUCGUGGGCAUGCAGGAGAACGUGUUUUUGAGUGACUUCUUCGGCUGCGUUGGCUUCUUGCCGCUCACAACCCCAAGUCACAUCCGCGGAGAAAUGGUGAGGAUGAUGACCCUCUCCACUGCCCCACACCGGCCGGACGCUUCGUACGACUCCCUCGAUCAAGGCCAGUUCGGCGCCAUCUUUUCCGAGGAUGGCAUUACCACGGGAAAUCAGCUGUCGGCAGGCCCCUCGGCUUGCACGUUUUGGUGUGCAGUUGGUGUGGGAGCACUUGUGAAGGGCAGUCCUGUUGAAUCGGUGGCGAACUACUCCCGACUUGCGAGAGAUGCACUGGAUGCCUACACUGGUCCUGUGAAUGCCGAGGUGGCAAAGGCGUGGGCGAUCUCGGGUUACUUCUACGGUUUCAUGGGAGACACGGCGACGUUUCAAGAGUACCUGGGGCUCGCGGACUCCUUUUUGACUGAUUCCAUCGAGCGAGGAUCAACUGACAUCCUUCCUGCGGGAUUCGCCGAGAUAAUCCGUCUCAAGCAGACCGUCAAGGUGUACGCGGGAAACCUCGACGCUGCGUACAUCGACUUUUUGGGCUCCCGACGUCGAGAGCCUCCACAGGUCAACCCAGCUGCAAACGAAGGGGACUUAUAUCGCUAUUUUUGCCAGGCAUCUGCCGCGUUCGAGGAACUUGUCUUCGAGAAAGCUUGCGAGAAGAGUGCCACUCGCCGUCAGUUGAGUAUUGACGAGCCUUGCGAGGAAGACAGAGGCGGUGGUAGCUCUCAUGGCGCUGACCCCCAGGCGGAAGAUGUGUCUGAUGCUAUGGUGACUGCACUCAAAGAUGGCCUGAUCGACUUCGGACACCUACAAGAAACAGUCGAUCGGCCAAACAUCCGCAAGGGCAUCGGCGGCCUCCUCAUGAACAUGGCCCUGGCUUUUCUGAAAGCAACGAACGGAGACACUGGUGGGGCGUUCGAGAGGUUAGAGCAUUGCGUCGAAGUAUUUGAGCGGUACCCUGGCGUGUGUCGCUGCAUGAUGCUAUGGUGUCACGUUUCGCACUCUAUCCUGGCAGCUCUAGCAGCGAUUAAGAGUUCCAGAGCUCGAGAACUCUACAACCGGCUGCGGGAUGUCUACAAUCGUUUUCGCCCCGCUUCCUUCCUGCCAGCACCACCAUUGGAUGAGUGGCGUGGGACGUCUGCAUUCUGCGAUGAUUUCCAGUGCAGGUGCUUUGAGGGUAUCAUCGCGAGUCAAGCCCGGAGCAUUUUCCCCGCCCCAUCCAACUGCAGUAGCAACAAUACCGACCUGCAGCAAACUCAUUGCACGGAGGACUCCCUGGAGGUUGCGGACGAGGACCAUGAUGGCGGUAUCGUAUCAGCGGGUGUCAUUCCCGAGAACGCGAUCGGCUCGAUCAUGGCUGCGCCUUGCAGCAACGGAGACAAACCAAUGGCAUCUACUAGCUCGUGGGAAUUGAACCAAGAGCCCGCACUACCAAUGAGCCCACCUGUCGGACCGAGCUUGUCCACUUCACAUGUGCACUGUGAGCCGGACAGGGGAGCAGCAAGUGGUCCUGACGCAUGCAGCGGUGCGGUCGAGGGGUGUGGUGGUGGAGUGCUUUCCGGCUUAGUGGCCCCAGUUCCCGAUGUGUCCUUGAGAUUGCCGGAGCUGAGACAGGCAGAUGGUGUCCCAGAGGACCCAGGGGAGGAUACAAUUGCCACGGCAGACUGGCUAGAUGUUACUCAUGCUAUGUUGGGAGCAAUUGACCGGAUUAAUUCGGCGUUGUAAUGUU